AAACAGACGAAUAACACAUUCUGUAGAACCCAAAAAAGAUUGAAUCUUUUUGCAUCAUGUGGGUGUGAUUGAUCAUUGAAUUUUGCAGAUUGUUGCUAAAUGCUUAUAGCUCAUUGGUUGAUUGAGUAUUAGUGUAGAAAAAAAUGGAAUCUUUAGCUUCUUUAGUUGCAAAAACAGUGUCUCCAUUGGAAACUGGACAAAAAGUUUGGGAGGAUCCAUCUUUUAUUAAGUGGAGAAAAAGAGAUCCUCAUGUCACUCUACACUGCCAUGAAUCUGUUGAAGGAUCUCUUAUGUAUUGGUACCGUCGAAAUAAAGUUGAUGUGAUGGUAUCAAAAUCUGCUGUUUGGAAUGAUGCUGCUGUUAAAGCAUCACUUGAUUGUGCUGCCUUUUGGGUUAAAGGCUUGCCUUUCGUCAAGUCUCUGUCUGGAUUUUGGAAAUUUUCGUUGGCUCCCAGUCCUACCAAAGUUCCGGGAAAAUUCUAUGACCCUUCAUUUCAGGACUUUGAGUGGGAAACAUUACCAGUUCCUUCAAAUUGGCAGAUGCAUGGAUUUGAUCGUCCCAUUUAUACUAAUGUAAUAUAUCCUUUUCCUCUGGAUCCUCCAUAUGUUCCUGAGGAUAAUCCUACUGGCUGCUAUAGAACGCAUUUCCAGAUUCCUAAAGAAUGGCAAGGUCGUCGGAUUUUGCUGCACUUUGAAGCUGUCGAUUCUGCAUUCUGCGCUUGGGUAAAUGGGAUCCCUGUGGGAUACAGCCAGGACAGUAGGCUACCUGCUGAGUUUGAAAUAACAGAGUACUGUUAUUCGUGUGAUUCUGGGAAAAGCAAUGUUCUGGCUGUUCAAGUUAUUAGAUGGAGCGAUGGAUCUUACCUUGAAGAUCAAGAUCAUUGGUGGUUAUCUGGUAUCCAUCGUGAUGUGCUUCUUCUUGCCAAGCCACAGGUAUUUAUUGAUGACUACUUCUUCAAAUCAAACCUGACUGAGGAUUUUUCUUCUGCCGACAUUGAGGUUGAAGUCAAGAUAGAUAGCUCCCGUAAAAUGCCGAAAGACAAAUUUCUUGACCACUAUGUCAUAGAAGCUGCAUUAUAUGACACUGGAAACUGGUAUAACAAUGAUGGAUCUGCUAAUCUGCGUUCAUCGCAAGUGGCGGACAUAAAGCUCAAGCCAUCCUUUGAUCCAAUUCUGGGAUUUCUUGGUUAUAUACUAGUGGGAAAAGUAGACAAGCCAAAGCUUUGGUCUGCAGAGCAACCAAACCUGUAUAUUCUAGUUGUCACCCUCAAAGAUGCAUCUGGGCAUGUAGUUGACUGCGAGUCGUCCCUAGUAGGCAUAAGACAAGUAUCUAAGGCGCCUAAACAGCUGCUUGUUAAUGGUCAGCCAGUUAUGAUUAGAGGAGUCAACAGACAUGAACAUCAUCCUCGUAUUGGGAAGACAAACAUUGAAUCCUGCAUGGUCAAGGAUCUGGUUCUGAUGAAGCAAAACAACAUUAAUGCCGUGAGAAAUAGUCAUUACCCUCAGCAUCCCCGUUGGUAUGAAUUAUGUGAUCUUUUUGGCAUGUACAUGAUUGAUGAAGCCAAUAUUGAGACGCAUGGCUUUCAUCUUUCUGGACAUUUUAAGCACCCUACUUCAGAACAGAUUUGGGCGGCUGCUAUGCUUGAUCGUGUGAUAGGGAUGGUGGAGAGGGACAAAAAUCAUGCAUGCAUUAUUUCUUGGUCCUUAGGAAAUGAGGCCUCAUAUGGGCCUAAUCAUUCUGCUGCAGCUGGUUGGAUUCGUGGAAAGGAUGCAUCCCGAUUGUUGCAUUAUGAAGGAGGUGGAUCCAGGACUACAUCUACAGACAUUGUAUGCCCCAUGUAUAUGCGUGUUUGGGAUAUAGUGAAGAUCGCAAAGGAUCCAACAGAAUUACGUCCUUUAAUAUUGUGCGAGUAUUCACAUGCAAUGGGUAACAGCAACGGUAAUAUACAUGAAUAUUGGGAAGCAAUUGAUAAUACAUUUGGUCUUCAAGGAGGCUUCAUUUGGGACUGGGUUGACCAGGGGUUGCUGAAUGAAAGUACAGAUGGUAGUAAGUAUUGGGCAUAUGGAGGUGACUUCGGGGACACCCCCAAUGAUUUAAACUUCUGUCUGAAUGGUCUUAUAUGGCCAGAUCGAAGUCCACAUCCUGCAUUGCAUGAAGUCAAGUUCUUAUACCAACCGAUUAAGGCGGUGCUCAAAGGAAGCACAAUCAAGAUAACCAACACUCAUUUUUUCGACACAACAGAAGGAUUGGAGUUUAGUUGGGCUGCCCACGGUGACGGUCACCAACUUGGCUCUGGCAUUCUAUCAAUUCCAUUGAUGAAACCGCAGAGUGAUUACGAUAUAGAAUUGGAGUCAGGUCCAUGGUAUUCGCUAUGGGCUUCAUAUUCUGCGGGAGAAAUCUUCUUAACAGUUACGGCUAAGCUGUUGCAUUCAACACCAUGGGUUGAAACCGGUCAUGUUAUCUCCUCUACUCAAGUGCAGUUGCCCUCAAAAAAGGAGAUCAUACCUUAUGUUAUCAAGGCUACUGAUGCUACAUUGUCAACUGAAAUUUCAGAAAGUACAGUUAAAAUUAGCCGGCGGAAGUUUUGGGAACUAACAUUGAACACUGAAACAGGAACAAUUCAAAGCUGGAAGGUUGAAGGAGUUGCUGUAAUGAAUAAAAGCAUACUUCCAUGCUUCUGGCGAGCGCCUACGGAUAACGAUAAAGGGGGAGAGGAACAAAGUUAUUACUCUAGAUGGAAAGCUGCUGGUAUUGAUAGGCUUGAAUUUCAGACAAAAAGCUGCUCUAUACAGAACAAAACUGACCAUCUGGUGAAUAUAAAGGCGGUUUACAUUGGUGCUCCGAGGAGCGAAGAUAGUUCAUUACGAUCUACCAAUCAGAAUGCUUUGAUUGAAGUGGAAAUGAUUCACACAAUUUUUGGUUCUGGGGAUUUGAUUAUUGAGUGUAAUGUAAAUCCAAGUUCCGAUCUUCCUCCCUUGCCACGUGUGGGAAUUGAAUUCAAUUUGGAAAGAUCAAUGGACCGUGUUAGAUGGUAUGGAAGAGGACCAUUCGAAUGUUAUCCAGAUCGAAAAGCAGCAGCUCAUGUCGGGAUCUACGAGAAGAAUGUGAGCGACAUGCAUGUUCCUUACAUUGUUCCUGGAGAGUGCUCCGGUAGGGCAGACGUUAGAUGGGUGACCUUCCAAAACAAAGACGGAAAAGGAAUUUUUGCAUCAAUGUACGGAAACUCUCCACCUAUGCAAAUGAGUGCUAGCUACUAUUCUACAACGGAACUCGACAGAGCCAGACAUAAUAAAGAACUUGUUCGAGGAAAUCAUAUUGAGGUUCAUCUUGAUCACAAGCAUAUGGGUGUGGGUGGAGAUGAUAGCUGGUCACCUGCUGUCCACGACAAAUAUCUUGUUCCUGCUGUGCCGUACUCGUUUUCUGUUAGGAUAUGUCCAAUCACUGCAUCAACCUCUGGUCUGCGGAUCUAUGAAACCAAACAACGAAGCUAAGUGUACCUUCUCGUGUUUCGGUGCUUAAACGUUCACAUGUAUCUGUAGUUUAUGUACAACAUGCUAAUACUCUAUUCGAUUUUAAAAAAAAAAUUCAGAUCAGUCUGAUUAUGAAGAAAAUCAAAAUUUGUUUCUGCUCGAAUUGAAUCCAUAUUCCUACUUAGUUUUGCCA